GGGCACAGUUCUUGGGUUGGUGCACUUCCUCUGUGGAAAGAUUAUUUUGGCUUUUCUUGUCCUGAGCAGAACUGAAAUCUGUCACAAUCUGUGACAUAAACUUUUAUGCCCAUGUAUUGUGUCCAUAAGCAUAGAAGCCUACACAACAGCCUCAACACCUAUUUCACCUGGAGCAUGUUCAGUAUUCCUGAAGUAUUCCUAAUGCCCAGUGUGCCUUGGUCAUUAGAGCUGUAGAUAGGUGGUUGGUUUGUCAAAGCAGGGAUAAUAUACCUGUUCCUUGUCUUCCUCUAUACUUCACCUAUUGCAUGUAUAGUGCAUGAAUCCUUGCAGCAAUAGCUGGACAAUACUCUUCAUCCCUUGUCUUCUUCCAUUCGUUAAAGCACCCUCCGUAAGCCACCACGCAUCCCCUGGUGUCCGCUGUGCUAUUCACACGUGGUGCUGCGCAGGUACACCAGGUUUGUGGGCCGCUUCUUGGAGUCAGCAGAGAAACAUUUCAUGAAAGGCUAUUGGGUGAACUAUUAUAUCUUCACUGACAACCCUGAGACAAUUCCCAAUGUCUGGCUGCAACCUGGAUGAAGGUUUGUCAUUGUUCCCAUCAAGAAAUACCCCAGCUGGCAAGAGAUCUCCAUGCUCAGGAUGGAGGCCAUAAAAAAGCACAUUGCAGAGACAAGCCGUCAGGAGGUGGACUACCUCUUCUGCCUGGACAUUGACAUGGUGUUUUACAAUGCCUGGGGGCCUGAGACCCUGGGUGAUACAGCAGCAACUGUACACUCUGCCUAUUUCAAUGUCCCUGGAAGCCAGUCCCAUUAAGAGAGGCGGAGCUCUUCAGCAGCCUACAUCCCUGAUGAAGAAGGGGACUUCUGCAGAGGAGGAGCUGUGUUUGGAGGGCUCAUCAAGAAAGCCUGUGAGUUCACGAGGAUCUGCCAUAUGACCAUCCUGAUGGACAAAGCCAAUAAGAUCAUGGCAGCCUGGAAGGAAGAAAGUAAUCUCAACAGGCACUUCCUCCCUCACAAACCCUCCAAGGUGCUUUCUGCAGAGUAUGUAUGGGAUGCCAGGAAGCCAAAACCCCCGGAAAUAAACCUCAUGUUUUUCCACAGUGGAUAGGAACUACAAUGAGGUACGAGAUUCACCAUCUGAUCCCUGCAGAGAUGUCCUCCACACACGCUCCUUCCUCAAACCGAAUAAGUAUUAGCUCCCACAGAACAUGCCCCACCAUGAGUUUUUGUUCCCAGUGUGAACAAACAGAAAGGAAGAUGUCAUAGUUUCUCU